GGUAUACCAUGGUAGCAGUGCAUAAGCCCGUCGCCAAGAACUCUAAAAGCGCUAAAGGAGCCAAGAAGGCUCUUCGUAAGAAGAAGGUCCAUCUCAAGUUCAACAUCGAAUGCAAGAAUCCUGCUGAAGAUGGCAUUUUCAAGACUGAAGACUUCGUAAGUUAUUGGUGCAAUCACCUCCAUGAAGUCGACAGGGUUUCCGUCCCUGUCGCAAUAUUGGGCUUAGGGUGUUCACGGUCCCUAGAGACUUUCCUCAAUGAGAAGAUAAAGAUAAACGGAAAGACUGGUCAGCUUGCUAAUCAUGGAGUGAAAGUAGAGUUGAACAAGACCAAAGUUUCAGUAUCUCAAGUACCUGACCAAGAAGUACCUCAAGAAGCACACUCUUCGAGACUGGCUCCGUAUCGUGGCAAUCAACAAGAACACCUACGAAUUAAGGUACUUCCACAUCAACCAGGAUGAGG